UAGCCUGCAUCAGUCUACGCCGCGUCCCUUGCAAAAGGGUACGCUCGUCUUCACGUCUUCGUUAAUUUACCUCUCCCCUCUCCGAAUCGACGCGUCACACAGCUGCAAACGUAUACGUCGAACACUCUUCGAGUAUCGACCGGCAUUAUCGAACAAGGGAAACCCUUGGCAAAGGGUCAUAUACGGCCGUACGUCGAACGGCCGCCUCAUGGUACACGAGGAAGAAUCUCGCGCGACCUAGGAACGCCGUUUCGGUUCCCUCCUGCUCGAUUCGAACUUUUGCGACGUACGCGUUUCCCUCCGGACACGUCGAACGUGGUGCUGGUCAUCGAGUUCACCUGGUGUCGUUGAAUACCGUGUGUGCAUCGUGCCACCAGCGAUCUCCUUCAGCGAUUUUUUUUUUAUCGCGUUUGCAAAUCUCGAUACGGAGGGAACUACAUAGAACGCGGCUCGGUACUUUUCGGCACGCGGCCGAAUACCUCCGAUCGAGUCUCCGAGAGACUUCCCCAGUGAUCUAAUACUGAGGAAGGGAGGAAGGAAGGAAGGAACGUGCGGUGGAAAAAACGAAUCUUUUCUAGGUGCCCGCCGUGAAACGGGCUCGACUGUGCCGCUGGAACUCCGUUUUUAGUGAUAAUUCCUCUCGGUGGACAUAACCUUUAUGUACUCCGUGAACAGGAAGUUUCCCGUGGCAGGAGGAGUGGGCGGUGCGAAGAGGGAGACGCCGGUCGAGCCUUAAAUAUCGAUUUUGGCAUAGAGAGGAGGUACGAGAGUCCGUCCGUUUCAGCGUGUCUCCUACCACCUUUGUGCAUCUCCACGUUGAAAAGUUUUGACAGUUGAGUGCGGCUGGCGUUCCGUCGAAAGGAAUCGCGUGCAUCGAUACGAAACAAAAACAAUAUGGUAGCGUGGUGAUACAUUUUAAGGGGAGGAUCAAAUGUUCUCGGUGAACUUGUUCUUGAAUAAUGAAGUGGCACGCGUGAAUUAGCCCGUACUAGUUUCGAAGCGACGAACGAACACGAUGUUGUUUUCGGAUCGGCACGUAUACAGACAUUUCGUUUAUAAAACGCGACUAAGGCGAGAUAAUCCGGUGGUGGCCAUCGAUCGAUCAUCUCAUUAAAUGUUGUCCAAGACACUUUAUUUAUUUCGUUCUAGUAUUAUUCCAAUGUCCUUCGAAUUUGUACACCUCUCUAGAAUUUCAUCUACGUUUCCUCUAGUCGUCAACGAUUUUCUUUGUUAGGCGAGCGAAGAUCGAUAAGUACUAAUUGACCGGGGGAAAAAGAGGAAUAUCGUUACGGGUGAAUUAAAGUCGAAAAACGACCGGGCGCAAUACACCUGCGACACUUACGAAUAGAGCCAAGUGUUUCUCACGCGAGCGAGAGCAGGACUCGAGGAAGGAAAUCCCGGACGAGAAGGGAAAGAGUCGAGAGACAACGAUACUGCCAGCGUUCUCAAAAACAGAUCUCCACUGUAGGGCGUAUGCAAUUAUCGCGAUAGAUGAGCUCCGUUUACAAAGCCCUUUGUUGCAUCGCCGAUCGAACGCCCGAUGACAUCAUCAUGAUACAGCAUUGCCGAUUGGGAGAUUCGUGGACACGAACGAAAUCGCUCGAGUAUCGAUGAGCUCCUCCUCGCACUUGACACCGUUAUCCGUUUGUUUAGCGUACCGGAUCUGUCGGUAGUUUCGAGCCCGUGAAAAGGAGGAAGAGACGAAACAUAUUUAUUUUCACGUUACCACAACGAUCGCUGUCCCAGAAUAAUAUGAUUAAACGAGCACGUGGAUGGAAAGGAAUCUUCGCACUCGCUUCACUUGGACGGUAAACAACGUUCGAUGGACUCGAGUGUUAGUCACUGAUUAACUGGAUUCACGGACAACGACCAGACUACGGAAGAAUCCUGAUGCGCCCAUCGUCCGAGAGGAUCGUCGAAACAAUCGACGAGACUGUCUCGUUUUGAUCGACUCCUUUCGUUUAAAAUCAACGUUGUCAGUCAAGGCGCGCGCGCGCGCGCCAUUGACGAAGAAUAAGAACAAUUACACUAGGAAGAAUGGUUUCGAGGUAUGGCGUCUCGAAGGAAGGCGCGGUGGGUGUCGCCGUGGGUGUAGGGCCCAUGCACUGUCUCCUGCCACACUGCGUAGGGCCCCAUCACCACCACCAUCUUUCAGCCCCCCAUCCACAAAAUCCGCAGCCUGGUCACAAUCACCACGUGCAUCCGGCUCAUCAGCCACCACCCUCGCCGAGUCCCCACUUGAACCAUCAGUUGAGCCAUCAUCAAUUGACCGUCAACAUAAACCAUCUGAGUCAUCAGCAGCAGCAACAGCAACAAACCCAGCACCAACAAGCACCGCCGCAGUAUCGAGUCGUUACUGCAAACGCUAGAUCAGACUUUCAUGUGUCAGGACAAAAUUACGGCACCCAACCAGGGGGCCAGGUGGGCGGGGGAGGGGGUAGUGUAGGAGUACCUGGGGGCAGAGGGCCUCCUCCACUCGGCGGUUUACAAUCCAUAGGACAAUCGGCAGCAGGUAUUCCGCCAGGAGGUCCUGCCGGAGGACAGGCACCACCGCAAAACCCAGCACCCGGGGUACAGUCACAACCGCCGCAAGGUCCGGCUCCUACUACGACACCCCCUGUGCAUACCCCCUCGCCGCAGGAAAUGGGAAAGCAGGCUCAUCUACAACCUCAACCACAGCCUCUGUCACAAGUAUACGGGCCGGCACAGACGAGGCCGACGACACAGGGUUAUUAUCCAGGUCCAAGGCCACAACAGCCGAGAGGUAUUAGUCACAGAGGAGGUCAAGGGGGUACUGGUGCGCAAGUAGUCGGUAUGUCGGGAGUUGGCGGAGGUGGUGGCCAACCGACUGCGAUUUAUCAUCCAGGUGGUGGAAUGGUUCAAACUGGAACGAUGUACCAAGUACCUAGUCUUCACCAUGGUCCACAUCAGCAGUCCGUAUAUUCCAUGAACAGUCAAAUACCCCCCCUUCAGGUAGUAUUUGGUGGUCCACCUCAAAGGCACCAGACGCACCAAAAUCAGUCAUACUUCCCGCCGUUUCAACACUCAGCCAUUUUAACGGCACAAAAUAUGUUCGCGUAUAAUGCACCUCCACCGACUCCACCAUAUUUUUACCCAACGGCGACUACACCGUUAAUAAGUAGGCCAGGUGCGAGCGCUGUCACUGGUGGGGCACAACACGUUACAGGCCCGCUGGCCGGUGCCCAAGGAGCCCCAGUAGUACCUCAAGGUACGCUUCAGCAACCUACGCAACAGGCUCAACCUUUACCCCCCAUGGGUAUAUCUCUUUCUCAGAGUGAUGUGUACUCAGGCCAUAAUGGUGGUGCAACAAAUACGACAAAUAGUACGACAAAAUCUCGGAAACCAAGAGGACAGAAUGCUAUUACCGACAUCGUAGAUCCGUCGACCGGUAAAAAUAUAAGUCACGAAAUUUACAAUUAUAAUGAAACUAUCCAAAGCGGUGAAUCUAGUAAUCGUGAAACACCUCAGCCACAAAACAACAAUGCCGAGGUGCAAGCCGACUUUGCAGCUCGGGUUGCAAAAACGCUUGUGAAAAACACGACCGAUGAGUCUGGUUCUGACUCCACGGUAGUAACGACAUGCGUACAGAACACCACGUCGACGACACAAAACGUGACACAAAGUUUGUCCCACUCGCAGACAAAUUCUACUAACGAUGCGAGUAACAAUCAGUGUAACAGCGGUUCGUCAGCAACGCAGAAUCUACCUAAUGUAACUGCGUUGUGUAGUCAAUCGUUAGGUAGUACCGUGGCUAGUAACGCGGCUCAAACAACAGACUCUUGUACAGUGAAAACAGAGUCUAAACCACUGCAAAUUCCUGUAAAGGAAUUUCAGCCACGCAGCGAAACGAAAAGCGUGGUCGUUGAGGAACCAGCACCGUUGCCAGCUCCAGCGCGUAACGUAAACAAGGAUGAUAUUUCUGCGCAGCUAUCCACGGUGACUGUCGUACCCGAAGUCGAUCCGAUGAAAGGCAUCAGCACCACGCCUGCCGUAACACAGAUGCCUGUUCCCGUUGUUUCGACGCCCAGUACGAACGUUCCGGAGGUCCCUAAACCGUCCGCCACUGCCCCAAGUGCUAACCCUGUUCCUGCCAGAGAACCGUUCCCUAAUUUGUCCAGUAAAAAUUCAUCGAGCUCACCGCCUAGAAGAAAAUCUCAGACUCACGCCCAUAAUCAGCCUGCUGCCGCUGCUCCUCCCGUCGCUGCUGCUACGGCCACGGUCACGACAACUCCACCCGCUACGACCGAGCUGCCUCCGAGUGCCAAAGAGCAGAAAGAAAAAAAAACGAGGGAAAAGAGUCUUAGUUCUAGGGGCACCACUCCCACACCUGCUCACAACCAAACGGCGGAUCAUCAUCACUUCAAAGCCAAUGGAGAUGUGAACGCCGAGAAGCAGGAGCCUGAACCUCCCCGGACCGAAGUGCAGCAGCAGCAGCAGCAGCAAAAGUCGUCCGACGGUAAACCUACGCAGAAGCAGAAGAACAAGAGUAAGCUGAAACCCCGCGAACUGAACCGAAAGGGAGCAGAGAAGGAAGGCACGGACAUGGACGCUUUCGUACACACGACACCUUCGGGAAAACCCGAGGUAAAGCAGGACGGUAAAGAGGUUUUGCCGCCGAAGGACAGCAAUAAAGACACAAAUCGUGAGAUUACGAAGGAUCUGAAGGAAAAAGAGAAUUACGAGUCGAAGAAAGAAAAGGAGGCUACCUCCGGUCACGCGAAAACGGAGAAACAGGCAUCUCCGGUGACGACGCCAGAAAUCCCUAAGGAAACUGCUCCCGUGCAAGCACCCGCUGCAGAAAAACUGCCAAGCAACAAGGAAACUAUAAAAGAAUCUUCACCUAAGAUAGAGGAUAGUAAGAAGUCGAAUGUAUGUAGUAAUACGCAAACGAAAUCAGUUCCUAACGACGUUGUUGAUCAUGCGAAAGUGAAAGAAGAGGCGGACGUUCAAACGAUAGUCGCGCAGAAGAACGAGGAGAACUCGAAAGUUUCCGCGAUAUCAGCACCGAACGAGGAGAAACAGCAGGCGAUUCCGGUUAUCGAAAAGUCGGCUGAAACCGAACCGAUCGCCGCACCGGUCGAGCCGGCACCGGCCACGGCCAAUCAAAUACAGCUUAAAUAUAAAUACAAAGAUGACCAAUGGAGUCCUAUCAAUAAGAGCGGUAAAAAGGUUUACGACCGCGACUUCUUAAUAAAACUUCAGAACGAUCCCAACAGCAAGAUCAAACCGACUAAUUUACCAGACUUAGACGUCGUGUUGAAGGACAGCUCGAAGGUAUGGUCGACGAGGACCAGUAACGACCUUAGAGCGUUCAAGGAUUCGAACAUGAGACACGAUCUUAUGUUCCCUGGAUUCGUGAAGCCAUCUAUGAACGCGCGAAUGCCGCCGCCGAAUCGUAAGAGUCACCCGGGCAAGUCGUCGAAGCCAGUGAAACCAAAUGUAAUUCAUGUAUCGUUAUCGCUGAGAGAAGACGUGAAGCUGAGAGAAACUGAGAAUGCGUGGAGGCCGACGAGAUUGAAGAACGCGAACAUGCCAGAGGAGGAUGCGAAGACGGAAGCUCUUUACAAAAAAGUUAGAAGCGUAUUAAAUAAACUCACUCCGCAGAAAUUCAACACCUUGAUCGACCAAGUGCGCGCGUUGAACAUCGAUACUCGGGAAAGGCUGCAGGGUGUUAUCAAUUUAGUUUUCGAGAAGGCUGUCGACGAACCGAGCUUCUCUGUGGCAUAUGCGUUAAUGUGCAAAGAGCUUGCGAUGAUGCAAGUCCCGGGAAAUGAUCAGAACGUGGAGAAAGAGAGCUCGUUCAGUUUCAAAAAACUUAUUAUUACUCGUUGCCAAAAAGAAUUCGAGAAAAAUCCAGUUAACGAAGUGGCGAGGACGAGGAAGCUUAAAGAGAUCGAGGAGUGUACCGAUCCUGAGAAGAAAAAAGACUUGCAAAUACAGCUGGAAGAAGAAGAACGCAAAACGCGUAUAAAAUCAGUAGGAAAUAUACGAUUUAUCGGCGAGCUAUUCAGACAGGGAAUGUUAACCACUAAUAUCAUGCAUCGCUGCAUGACAGACCUGUUGAACCAGAGCGACGAAGAUAAUCUCGAAUGUUUAUGUAAAUUGUUGACAACGGUUGGGAGAGACUUAGAAGCGAAAGCGGGACCUCAAGAUAUGCAAGACUACUUCAAUAAAAUGCAAGAUAUCGUUGCGCGACGAAAUCAAGGGAAGAUCAGUUCCAGAAUUCGUUUCAUGCUGCAAGAUGUCAUAGAUUUAAGAGCAAACAAAUGGAUACCGAGGAGAGACGACAGCAAUCCUAAGACUAUAGACCAAAUUCAGAAGGAAGCGGAGUCGGAAAGACUAGACAACCAAUUGAGUAAUACUCCGUUGAAUACACCGAGGAAAGACGAACGUGCCAGUGAUAGAAAAAGGAAUCGUGGUACUGGUCCAACGGACGACGGUGGUUGGAGUCAACCUGUCGUCAGAACGAGGCCACAAUAUUCUAUCGAGACGGCCAAACUUAAAAAUAAACCUCCUCCGAUGGACGAUCUACAGUUAGGAAGCAGAAAUAUGUACAUGUGGAAGGUGCCUCAGAACUGCGGCUCGAAAGCGAUAAAUUCAAAUAAAUUUGCAUGCUUACAAUUAGAGAAUAUAUCGACUUUAGACCAAGAUAAACGAAUCACGUCACCGCAACUCUCCGGAUCGAGAUCUACCGGUCCAAGAGAAUACGGUCGUGACUACAAACCUUCCUAUGAUGGUAGGAGUUCACGUAAUGGUAGUCAUCAAUUGAGCAGCUCGUCGUCAAGUAGAGAGAGCUCGUUGUUAGAUAGUUCACAAAGUCAAGGCGUCUCUAUGCCACCGCCACCGUUGAAAUCUUCGCAAUCUACCUCUAGUAGUCAUAAACCUCCGAUGACAGAUGAAGAGUUUGACAAAACGUUGCACAAAAUAAUAAAAGAAUAUCUGAAGAAUCCUAUACUCGAAACCGUUUCGUUGGCCAUUCAACAAAACUUUGAUAACGCAUUGAGCAAAUUCAUCCGUGAAUUGGUCAACUUCGUUCUCGAGAAAACGCCUCUUGACAGAGAACGUGUGUCGUAUCUUCUGUCGCAUUUAAUCAUGCAGAAGAUCUUGUCUGUAACGCAUCUGAGAAAUGGACUCGUCGAAAUAUUGGAGAUAAUCGAUGAUCUUCUGCUCGAUAUACCUAAAGUCUGGUUGUACUUGGCGGAGAUACUGUCACAUCCAAUAGAACAAGAGGUACUGCCUCUGAACGAAUUGAAACCUGUAUUUGAUAGUUUAAGAAGUCAAGGAUACGUAGGCAUAUUCCUUGGAGAACUAUUGUCGAAAGUAUGCCGGGACAAAGGACCUAAGUGGGUCGCGGACAAAUGGGACCAAAGUGGACUUCAGUUGAACAGUUUGAUCGAUCCGGAACGAGAGGAAGUCGACAAAAUAAUUAAGAAUUACAACUUGGAGUUCUGCACUGGUGAUUAUAUCACGUACCAGCAAAUCCACGACGAACUUCGAAUACUGAUGAAGGACAGUGGUAACUUCGAUGUGAUUUGUAACUGGAUAAUCGCAAAUGUGGGUAACCGAGUCAAGGAACCCGAAUUCAUUCGAGUAUUAACGACUGCCAUUUUAGAGACGUCCAUGGAGUACUUAGAAGUCAACAACAAGCACCAAUUGAAAAACGAUGUUUUCACUAAUUUACAACAAUUGAUACGACGAUUCGUCGAUACAAACGAAUCCUUAGAAUUGCAAUGCCUUUAUGCGAUUCAACUUCAUCUGCAUAAUUUACAAUAUCCACACGGGCUUCUGUUUAAUAUUAUGACGAACUUGUCGGACUAUAAUAUAAUUUCAAGCGACGCGUUCUUAACGUGGAAAAAGAGUCCCGAGCCGGCCCAACGUGAGUGGCACGGUGUCGCGACGAUGGCGUUAACAUCAUUCUUCACCGGUUUGCAAGAGGCCGACGACGCUUCCAGCGUGGAAGACGUAUCAACUGGCGUGAACCAAGAUCGUUGUUGACGAUAUCGUGAUCGAAUACACUAUCGUCUAUUAAAAAGACUUAAAUAUACGUUCCCUCGUUAAAAAAAAUACCACGCGAAGUGAGAUCAAAUUGCAGUUUUUUAAAGAAAGAAAACGUCGUAUACAUUAGAGAAGAAAAAAAAAACAAACAAUGGAGUGAUAACAGUGCGCGGGUGUUAUGUAAGAUAGUCUAGAACUUCGGAGAACAAGAAGUGAAUGAUAAUAAAAAAAAGAAA